AUGGUCGAUGUGUCUAUAAUUAUGCCUAUGAGAAAUGCAUCACAAUGGUUACCAGACACAUUUAAAUCAUUGAUAGAACAAAAUUUUACUGGAACUAUGGAACUUUCUCUUUAUAAUGAUGGAAGCACGGAUAAUUCAAUUGAUAUCGUUCAUGAAUGGGAACCUUUAUUGACGCCCAUGUAUAAAAUUAUUAUAAAUGGACAUAAAGAGGAGAAGGCACGUGGUGCUGGAUAUUGUCGAAAUCGUGCAAUCGAUGCAAGUGCAGGACGUUUUUUAUGUUUAUUAGAUGCUGAUGAUAUUAUGUUGAAAGAUCGUAUAAGAUUACAAUAUGAAUUUGCAUGCAAUAAUGAAUCAACGUUAGGUUAA